AUGGAGCGUAUUCUGUGGCUGGAUAGCCUCCGGGGUAUAGCCUCAGCUUUGGUGGUGAUACACCAUUCAAAGAGCUCAGAGCCCAAGAGGAUCGUUGGCUUUUUGACCAGGUCGUACUGGGAUGAACCGGCUGAAGAGAACCGUCGGCUUAUCCAACUUCCACCCUUGCGACUUCUCUUUAAUGGUCCAUCAAUGGUAGCUUUGUUCAUGGUUAUCUCGGGGUAUGCGAUCUCUCUUCCGCUUCUCCGAUGCCGAGAGGAUCUGGGGGCAAGUAAUUCGGGGUUUUUUCGUCGAUUAUGCUCUGCGGCAACGCGCAGAAUCUUUCGAAUCUAUCUACCUUCCAUGGCCAUACUAUCUCUCAGUCAAUUGGUAUACUUCUGCAAUGUGUUCCAGUGGAAAGCUGCGGAUGACUGGCUGGGCGGAUUAAAGCCCUUGACAGCACCUUGGGCUCAUAUCCAAUAUGUGCUGGCGAGGAUAGUGCAUCUCCUGGAUAUCAGCAACCAUCAAGUCGAUCUCAAUUUUGAUCAUAACCGGCCAGAUAUGAGGACUAUCAACUACCAACUGUGGACAAUGCCAAUUGAGUUUCGAGGCUCGUGCGCUAUCUACUCGUUGAUCCUGACCUUUUCAUUUUGGAGACCGCGUCCUCGGUAUCUGGCAUUGGCAGGUGUGGCGAUGUAUUGGUUUUAUAUGGGACAUUGGGAUCUCUUUGCCUUCGUUGCCGGGAUGAUUCUCGCAGAGAGACACGUCGCAUCCGAGUCCGAACCGGAAGGAGAGAUCACACUAUCAUCAUCCUCACCUCUCAAGAUUCCAAAGCCGAUGACCAAAUCCUGGAACACAUUCACAGAGAACAUCUGUCUUCAACAGCUUGGAACAUUGGUCUCGUUCAUUCUAGGGAUGUAUUUCCUCUGCAUGUGCGGCGCUGACCGCUUAGCAAGGGAGUACCGAUGGCUGAUUGUGGCUCGAUCUCCCGAAUGGGAUAACGCCGAGAUGAUGCCCCGGUGCUGGAGGAGCGUUGGAGCAGUUCUGACGAUACAUGCAAUCAGCAAAUCUGCAUUGCUGCAAUGGCCGCUCAACGCACGACCACUGCAAUACUUGGGCAAAAUCUCAUUCCCACUCUAUCUAGUCCACCCGACAGUCUAUCUUGUUCUUAAAUGGCCAGUUCGAGACUUUCUAUGGUGGGCAGUUACAGGAACGCCUUAUCCUGGUACUAUUGAAGCGAGCAGGCAAUCUUUGCCUUUUUCAGUUGCUUGGGUGGGAACCCUGAUCGUGUUAGGGAUUGUGAUGGGGAUUGCAUCUGAAAUUUGGAAUCGCUUCGUUGAUAUGAAGUGCCUUAGCCUUGCAAGAUGGAUUGAAAAAUGGGUUUCGUAUUAG